AUACAAAAUACUAUCAAGUAGUGUGCAUUUAAAUUAUGUGUUGUACCCGGAAGUUAUUUAACAUGCCAUAAACAUCGAUAGUGUAUUCAUGUAACACCUCCUUCCUAUUUUCAGACGAAAUGGAAAAAGCUUUUAUUAAGUAUAUCUACAGAAGGCAUUGUAAGUUUGACGAACAUUCAGAAGUAGUAAAUGAGAUAGAAAAAACCGUCCAAAGUAUUGUGAAUAAAGUUUUGGUUCGAGUUGCAAAGAAGUCACCUGUUCUUGAAAUUUCCAAAACCGUAAGUGGUGGAAGUUUCUAUGAGCAAACAAAAGUUGGAGCCCCUGAUGAGUUCGAUUACAUGGUUAUCGUCAAACUUUUAUCUCUACCAGGAUCAGUCAAAUUGGAGGAAGGAUGUACACCAUGGUACAAGAAAAUACACAUCACAAGAGAUGCAGAUAUGUACAAAGACUAUUUGGAGUCGGAGGACAAAUUAAGCAAUGAACUAUUGACCAGAAAAUUUUGGGGAAGCUUAUUGGUUCAAUGUCAAAAUGAAGUAAUUUCCGAAACGUUUAAGUAUGGGACAAUAAGAACCAAAGGAUGCAAAUCUCGUAAACUCCUUUUAGAAUACAUAAAACAUGAAAGAUUGGAAACACUUCAAGUGAACUACGACGAAAAUCAAGUUUCCGAUAGCAAAGAGCUAGUUCAUUUACCUUACAUGGAAAUAGGAGUAGAUCUCAUGCUUGCUAUAGAUUAUCCAAAUAUUGCAGCUGUAUGUUCCCAUGAAGGUUUUCCUUCAGAAUGGAGUGAUCUUGUUAGAGAAAAAGGAUGUCAAUUGGUUGCCAAAAGUUGCCAGUCAUUUAAUCCAUGCUCCAAAUGUUGGCAUGUCUCCCUAGCUACAUCUGAAUCAAGUCUAAUGAGGGAAAUGGAUGCAAAACAUAAAAAAUGCUAUCAAGUUUUGAAAUACCUUAUGAUAAGGGAGGUUUCGUUUCCAGGAAAAUGCGCAAAUUUAUCAUCAUACAUGUUGAAAAAUGCUUUUAUGUUUCAUGUUUGUGGUAAAACAAAUUGUUCAAAAGACGAACAUUCAUGUAUUUAUGCUGUGCUAGAUUAUAUAGCACACAAUUUCAGGCAAGGCAAAAUGCCUUGCUUUUUGUCUAGAAACAUUGAUACAUGGGGUCCAGUUUUAAAGUUUCCAGCAUUAGCAACUAGAUCUGGUAGGUUCCCAAAUACCUUUCUGGAUGAAGGGACCCUAGGCAUUGAAUGGUAUGCUGUCUGUUGGCUUCAGUUAUGGUGCAGGGUUGUUCUUAAAGUACAGAGGCUUCUCCGAGAGGUAAAGACCCAUGACGAUGAGGCUACCCAAGCACAGUUUUAUAUGAUGAAAGAAUCAAUGAUGCUCCUAAUUGAAUGCUACUGUAAGCACACCAACUUUGUUCAGAUGCCUACAGAUUCAAAAGACUACAAAAUGCCAACAGGCAUAUCAGAAACUGAAAUAAAUACACAUUUUACUCGUUAUUUCAAACGUUUACAGGAGUUAUUUGAUGUCAAACUUGGUAAUUUGGUUUCUGAAGAAAUAUAUACUAAUACGUAAAUCAAUUAAAGAAUUAAAUUUUUUUAAAGAUUUUUAAUAAGUUCUAAAGUUAAUCAAUAAUGCUUUAAAUAAUAAUAAGAAUAUAAAGGGAAAAACAAGUUAAGAGUUGUCUCAUUGCCACUCAUACCACAUCUUCCUAUGUCUAAGUUCGUAAAUGUCAUUAUUGCUAGUCUCUUUUUCAACAGUUAUAUAUCACAUGAAAAAUAAACAGUAUAAAUAAAUUAUA